GCUGGGAGUUGAGCUGGUGACGACGUGGCGUGACGUGCCUUUUUAUUACAACGCCAACGGUAUAAAGAAACGAAGAAACAUCUAAUUUCCCUGCACUUGGCAAGAACAGAAAGAUAUUUUCUUCAAUCCUGCUUGCUCAAAUAAUCCUCUGACGUCACGUCUGGGUUGAAUUCUGGUUGUGCUUCUGCUUCUGCGUCUGCUUUUUGGGUUCAAAAUCUGCUUCUGCUUUCUGGGUUCUGUCUGUUUUGUGCCACAUUUGAAGCUGGGGAUCACAGUUUUGGUCGAAUUUUGAAGAUUGAAGUCGGUGGAAAUGGUUCUGAUGAAGGAAUUUUUGGUAAAUGAAUGUACACGUCUGCACCCUGCAUUUCUGGAUUUUAUUUUUAUUUUUGUGGGUUUGAAGGAUUCAGCAUUUCCUUUUCUUUGCUUGCUGAGGAAAAUGAAGAACAAUGAACAACAGUAAGUGAUUCAGUCUGGACACGAAAUAGUUUGCGAAGAGAUUCAUGAGAGUUUUGUACUAAAUUAUUCAGCAAGAAGCACAUUGUAGCAUUUGAGAAACAUUGGUAAAGGCUAUGCCGCUGUGGAGAGUUUUCUCUUACAGCUCUUGCUAUACAAAAACUAAGUCACCUUUCCAUUGAGGUUUCCUUAACUCUUGUCUUCUUCAAUUGGGGACUUGCAUGAAGUCGGAUUGUCAUGCCCAUGUCGUUGGAAGAGUAUCGAGUAGCCCAGACAUAUAUGGUCAUGAAGAUGCAGGAACAGAACACAAACAGUACCGAAGGGGUGGAAAUAGUAGAGAGUAAAUCCUUUGAAGAUGAUUUAUUUGGAAAGGGUCACUACAGUUCUAAAAUUUAUCGUCUACAAAGCAAAGCUCCUGGUUGGCUUGCCACUUUUGCGCCAGCAGAUGCUCUCAUCAUGCAAGAGGAAGCCUGGAAUGCACACCCAAGAUGCAAGACAGUAAUCAAGUGCCCAUACUUCACCAAGUUUCAGCUGACCGUCGAAACAGUUAACAGAGCUGACAAUGGCCAUUCGGAUAAUGUUCAUGGUCUAAGCAAAGCACAACUAGCAACCAGGGAUGUGGAAACUGUUGAUAUUGCUUCAUCUGCAAGGGAUUACUGGAGUCACAUAGUUGGCACUAACAACACCGACUUUUCCCAAUUUACAUCAACGAAAACUGGACGUGGUCCACUUUUAGAGGGCUGGCAGGACACGUCGGAUCCAGUUAUGACAGCCUACAAACUGGUCACCAUUGAUGCACCAUAUUGGGGUUUCGGCAAUAAACUUGAACGAGCUUUGCUAUUGGGUGAAAGGGCUCUUUUCCUAGAAAGCCAUCGGAAUUGCUUUUCUUGGAUUGAUGAAUGGUCUGGAAUGACAGUUGAACAGAUACGUGAACGUGAACGACAUAGAAACUCAGAGAUCCAGGAACUUGGAAGGCCAACUUUGGUGAAGAGCCUAGAAGAUAUCGACCAGAGAUUAUUACCUGAAAGCGAAGAAAUUUAUAGCGGGCAGAGACCUCAACUUUCAACUUAAAUCCACUCAGCAUGGACUCUGUUGACUUGGAGCAAAAUUUUUAUGCGUAUGCUGCAUUCGAACAACAAUCACGGGCGCCCAUCACAGAACAGUAGGCCUCACCUGUUUCGUAUUACACUCUGCCGGGGGUGCUGAAGAAAUUGUAUUUGGCAUGCCAGGGUCGGAGUUGUUUUCCUGCCGAUUUGGCAGCAUAAACUUGAGAGAAUGUAUAGCACACUUCAUGUAACAUAGCCAGAUAAAUUAUCAAAGAAAGGAACACCCAGUCACCCAGCUUGGAAAAUUUCCGAAAGAA